UAGCUAGCAGAGCGCGUUCCAUUAGUCGUUCAGGAAACCAAUCUGAUGGGGAGGUCGCCGUGCUGCUCCCACGACGCCGGCGUGAAGAAAGGGCCAUGGACGGAGGAGGAGGACAAGACUUUGGUGGAGCACAUCCAGAAGCGCGGCGGGAACGUCGGCGGCUGGCGUGGCCUGCCCAAGACCGCCGGGCUGAACCGCUGCGGUAAGAGCUGCCGUCUCCGGUGGACCAACUACCUCUGCCCCGACAUCAAGCGCGGCAACUUCACCGAGGACGAAGAGCGCCUCAUCAUCACCCUCCAUGCCAGCCUCGGGAACAAGUGGGCGACGAUCGCGACUCAUCUGGAGGGCCGGACAGACAACGAGAUCAAGAACUACUGGAACACGCACAUCCGGAAGAAGCUCCUGCGCAUGGGCGUCGACCCAGUGACGCACCAGCAACUGCCACCCAACCAGAGCCACCACCACCUCCCCGAGGCGCUCCUCUGGGCGGCGGCGGCCGCGAGCCUGGGCGGCAUGGACACCGGCGCUCUCAUGCAGGCUCAGCUUCUGCAGCAGCUCCUCCGGACGAUAGGCUCUAACAACGACGCAACUAACCUCGUAGCCAACCUGGCUGCAGCAAACGCAGUGCUGAACUCAAGCGGAAGCAUGGUUCCCAACCUCCUGCUCCAGGACCAGAUGAACUGCCUGCAGCCGGGUUACCUCUGCAACACCUCCAAUUUUGCAGAGCAGCAUGUGGUGCAGCAGCAUCUCACCAAUGACACGUCUCCGGGAACGAGCUCCUUUGCAGCAGCUGAACAGGCUGGUCAGCUCUGCAACACCGCAGCUUCAUUUGCACCCCAUGAUGCUGCACCGCAGCUUCCCGCGCAGGAGUUCGCUUGCUUGCUGGAGCCCAUGACAGAGCUGCCCGAUCUGUGCUCUCUGGAGAGUGAUUCUUUCUGGAAGGAGAUAUUGGAGGACAGCUACCGUUUGUAG